AACUGCAACAACCAUGGCUGGCUUGUGCUCUGAUAAAGUUCCAUUGCGCUUGGUUCUCCUGGGCAAGACAGGAGUUGGCAAAAGUGCUACUGGAAACACCAUUCUGGGUAAGAAAAUCUUCGUGUCUGAAACUAGAGCCACAUCUGUAACAAAGGAAUGCACAUCUGAAACAUGUGUAAUCAACCUACAACGUGUUACACUUAUUGACACACCUGGUUUAUAUGACACAACCAUGUCUCAAGCAUUCAUUACAAGAGAGAUUGUGAGAGGCACAAAUCUGGUAGCUCCUGGUCCUCAUGCAUUUCUCCUUAUGCUUGAUGUGAGGCGUCAGACUGAAGAGGAAAGAAACACUGUCAAGAUAUUUCAAGAAAUCUUUGGUGAUGAUGUGUGCAAGCAUAUAAUUGUAGUGUUCACUCAUGGAGAUGAUCUUGAGUUCGACAAUAAAACAAUUGAAGACUACAUAGAAGAGGCUGGACCUGAACUUAAGAACCUGAUCUCUGCAUGCAAAAACAGAUACCAUGUGUUUAACAACAGGUCAAAGGAUCGUAUGCAGAUAACUGUUUAUGAAGAAGAUUAACAACAUGGUAAAGGAAAACAAUGAAGCUUACUAUAGCUAUGA